CACUAAUGGAAGUGAAUUGAGCAAUUAUCUAGUUUACCUUCUCCUCUUGGAAAGUAACGACUGUCGAUAUAUUUGCUGCGUUAUUGACACAACACGUUUUAUUGUUUUAUCUUUAGAAAUAAGUGAGGAUUUUCCGGAGUCAACGCUUCGCCAAGUGAACUGAUGCGCUGACAUCCACACAGGUUGCCACAAAUGAUGUGCUUUCGUUCAGGUCAGUGAAUUAAGAAGAGGCGUCUACAAAGGAGACAUAUCAACCAAGAAGUGGAUUUAAAGACAUGGACAGUGUUCUUUACCAUACGACACCGUCAAUCUUCGGUUCACCUUCAAUGCGAGAACAUUUAUCAGCUGGAUACAACAUGAUCAGCACCUCGAAACCUCUUGCUUUCUCUAUUGAAAGGAUUAUGGCAAGGACCCCAGAACCGAAGUCGGUGCCGCUUCCGAACUUAUUUCAAACACCCACGACCAAGACAGACCCAAAGCAAGUUCUUCGCAUGAACUCCACCACACUUCCUUGCAUGAUACCGUUUGUUCCAUUGGCUUAUGAAGCUGCUCACAAAUUUAGCAUCACUGGAUCAGAACCAAGAAAGCACCAUUUAGAUACGUCUUCUUAUAAUUCCAACGAUUUGUUAAGUAUUGGCUUAAAUUAUAAAACUGAAUUGCCAAGUGUAACCCCCCCGAUAGGACAGUAUAAACUUUUUAGACCACGAGUGGUAAAUCAGUCUUCGUUUCAGACCAUGGGAACUUUGUGCUAUCUUAAUUGUGGAGACAGCCCAUGCCCCCCUCCUGCAAGUAUUCUUAACAUCCAUCCAGUGGCUUCCUAUCUCUUGAACUCCCCACUUAACCCACACCAGAAAACAUUUAUUUCGGAGAAAAGCAAACUUGUUCCUUCGGUGGAACGACACCCGUCUGGGGUUGCCUUUAAAGACUUGUCUCAAUCCCAGCUCCAGCACUAUAUGAAAGAGAGUGCACAGAUUCUAUCUGAAAAGCUGUUUAAAAACCCCUCCAAACUUAGCAACGGAUCCCCAAAUAAUAAACCCAAGGUGUUCACUUGUGAAGUUUGUGGAAAGGUAUUUAAUGCACAUUACAAUUUAACCCGUCAUAUGCCAGUACACACUGGAGCCAGACCGUUUGUUUGUAAAGUCUGUGGGAAAGGCUUCCGACAGGCAAGCACUCUCUGUCGACACAAGAUCAUCCAUACACAGGAGAAACCUCACAAGUGUAACCAGUGUGGGAAAGCGUUUAACCGAAGCUCUACUCUGAACACUCACACACGAAUUCAUGCAGGGUAUAAACCAUUUAUAUGUGAAUUCUGUGGCAAAGGAUUUCACCAGAAAGGCAACUACAAAAACCACAAACUGACACACAGCGGGGAAAAGCAGUUCAAGUGCAAUAUUUGUAACAAGGCUUUCCAUCAAGUUUACAACCUGACUUUCCAUAUGCACACCCACAACGACAAAAAACCCUUCACCUGUCCAACCUGCGGGAAAGGAUUCUGUCGGAACUUUGACUUGAAGAAACAUAUCAGGAAGCUGCAUAACAGUUGCCCUGGAGCUCAAUCCACUUCUACGGACAAUUUGAAUGGAGAAUAGAGCCAAAGUCAGUGAAAUAUCCGGUUCGCGGGAAAUAUCCUGCACGCUGUAGUGUGUAUAGCUGAUUUCAAGAUUCACCUUUGCAUGCAACAUUUUGGUUUAUGUGAGCUAUUUCUUGACUAAAGACUACUUGUUUUUUAAACACACACACACACACACACACACACACACACACACACA